CUGCUGAAACGCGCUUCGCCAUUCAGCGCAGCGGAGCCCGUUUCGCUCUCAGCUCCGGUUGAUAUCCGCGCCCGCGAGCUGCGCUCCGUUUGUUUGGGUUUGUUUGUUUUUUUUAUUUUUUGCCUCCUGCUUCCUGAUGCGACAGGCUCGGCUCUCCCACCAUGCCUCCUGCCUGUGGACCGUCUCUGCCAGAGUAGGCGAACAAAGCGCAUCAAGUCUCUCCAGAGAGCUGCCUCCCCCCGAAACGGCGGAUCUGUGUCAGUAAGUAGGCUGCUGGAUAACCACCGGGCCACGGCGGCCGUCCUCCUGGCUGUCCGGCUGCUUUGUGUUCGAUUCACCUGGAAAAAAAAAAGCGCGCGGUGUUAAAGAUGGAUUCGCUGGAACGGCUUGUAUUUUAGGGAGCUCUGCGACGCGCGGCUGGACAGAAACGAUGGCCAGGUUCUGGAUAAAGCCGGACACCUUCUCGGUUUCCUGGGAGUAGAGCAGGCCCGUGUCGAUGCUCGGCGGCAGAAAGCCUUCCAGCGCACUGCAGCGAUCACACACACGCGUUUCAUCUCCCGGGGCGUCCGCGGCUGCGUGGCACAAACACGUCCGCGCGGCGCUCAGACGCACUGACACGCCAAUUCCACGAGCAUGGAGCACACGGGGAUCGAGGAGGUGAGCCAGACGCACCAGCAGCAGCAUGAGCCCAUCAGCUUCGGCAUCGACCAGAUCCUCAACAGCUCGGACCAGUCCAGCGGCUGCAUGCUGCCCAACCGGACCGGCGACCCGGAUUACGCGCUGGCCUCCAACGUCUACAGCAACGGCUACGGCGGCGUGUACAACCCGGCCUGCUCCAUGGCCGCGGCGGCGGGGCUGGCCGGCUCCUACAACGUCAACAUGAACAUGAACGUCAGCAUGAACAUGAACGUCAACGUGAACUCGGGGGCGGCCGGCGGGGUGAUCCGCGUGCCGGCGCACAGACCCAUGCCCCCGCCGCCGCCGCCGCCCGCCGCCGCCGCCGCGCCUCACCCGCCCUCGUCCGCGCACCCGCCGGGGAUCGGACCCGGGAUCCCGUCGGUGCCGGGGAUGGGCAUGGGCAACGCGGCCAACUUCACCUUCCCGUGGAUGGAGAGCAGCAGGAGGUUCGCCAAGGACAGGCUGACAGGGGAGCAGGCAGAGGAGAGCCGAGCCGGGGAGGCCGCGGGGGGCCCGGGGGCCGCCGGGUCCCUCUGCCCUCUCCCCAAGGGAGACAUCGGCAGGGUCCCAGUCUGGAGCACAGUGGAGACGUUAGCCAAAUGCUAUUACCCCGAGCUGGCUCACCUGCGGGACGGCACUGGCCUCCUCGCUGACUAUGCUUUUCCAAAGGGCGCCUGCCCAGCCGCCCUCUCGCCCUUCUCCGUCACCCGCCGCAUCGGACACCCCUACCAGAACCGGACGCCGCCCAAGAGGAAAAAGCCGCGCACCUCCUUCAGCCGGGUGCAGAUCUGCGAGCUGGAGAAGCGCUUCCACCGGCAGAAGUACCUGGCCUCCGCCGAGCGCGCCACGCUGGCCAAGGCCCUGAAGAUGACCGACGCCCAGGUCAAGACCUGGUUCCAGAACAGACGGACCAAGUGGCGGCGGCAGACGGCGGAGGAGCGCGAGGCGGAGCGGCAGCAGGCCAACCGGCUGAUGCUGCAGCUGCAGCAGGAGGCCUUCCAGAAGACGCUGAGCCAGCCGCUGCAGCCCGACCCGCUCUGCCUGCACAACUCCUCCCUGUACGCCCUGCAGAACCUGCAGCCCUGGGCCGAGGACAAUAAGCUGUCGGUCUAAAAGAGCGGAGGGCGGGGGCCAAAUGGACACCCCCUGUACAUGCCCGCCUAUCAAGACUGUCCCCCUUUAUGCCUCUGGAUCCCCCCAAGGCGGCAGAGACUCUCGGCCGAUAGCGGCUCCAAUAAAAGACCUCCUCCUGUUUUUCGCUUUUGACUUUGUACAAUGUAGUAAAUGCAUGUUUCAAGCCUUUUCUGUGUGCUCUUGAGGUUCCGUCGACGUGCGCCGCAGCGUUCACGUGCUAGAGGACUGGCGGAAGCCACAGAUUCCCUCUCAUGUUGAAUUUAAAGUGUUUUAUAUUAAAUGAUAUUGUGACUUUUUGAAA